CGGGGUAUUUCCCGACGCGGCGGCCCCGACGCCCAUUUCCCCCGGCGGCGGCGGCGGCGGCACGGCGGAGCCAUGGCCGAGGACCAGCGGGACCUGCUGUCCACCUCUGACCGCGGCAGCGCCGUGGUGCGCGUCGCCGAGCCCCAGAGAUCUACGUUUGGCCGCAAAGCUGCCUUCUCUGCUCUCUCCAUCCUGGUGGCCCUGCUCAUCGCUGGCCAGGCUGUGACCGUCUACUUCGUCUACCAGCAGAGCGGGCAGAUCAGCAAGCUGACCAAGACUUCGCAGACCCUGCAGCUGGAGUCGCUGCAGAGGAAGCUGCCUCCAAGUGCCAAGCCCGCAAGCAAGAUGCGGAUGGCUGUGGUGAACGUGCCCCUGGCCAUGAAGGAUCUGCCACUUGCCCCCUCUUCGGACGGGAUGUCUGUGGAGAGCAUGGGGCCCCUUAGCAACAAAACAGAGGACCAAGUCAGGCACCUGCUGCUGCAAGCAGACCCAAAGAAGAUGUUCCCAGAGCUGAAAGACAACCUGAUGGACAACCUGAAGCGCCUGAAGAAGUCCAUGACUGAUUCGGAUUGGAAGUCCUUUGAAUCCUGGAUGCACAAGUGGCUGCUGUUUGAACUGGCCAAAAACCCCCAGAAGGAUGAGAAGGUGAUCCCGGCGGCGAAAGUGCAAACUAAGUGCCAGGUGGAGGCCAGUUCUGGUGGUGUCCAUCCGGGUCGCUUCCGCCCCCAGUGCGAUGAGAAUGGAGACUACCUUCCCAAGCAGUGCAAUGCCAGCACGGGCUACUGCUGGUGCUCCUACAAAAAUGGCACCAAGAUUGAGGGCACUGACACUCGGGAAAAGCUGGAUUGCCCUGCUGCACCCAGAGGUUUGGAGCCAGAGGAGAUGAUCUUCUCUGGGGUGGAUGUUCUCAAGCUGGACACGGAGAAAAAAGCCAAGUAGAAGAGGAUGCCUGCAGAUGCCUCAUCCCAUCUUCAGCAUCCCUGCUCACCAUUUUGCUCUAUUUCAUUUGUGCUUUUACAUUGCUCUUCCAAAGACUAUUAAUAGCAGGCAAGCCUGAGCACUUCUGCCCAGGUGUUAAUUCUCUUCCCCUACUGCAGAGCAUGAAAGUGGGUUGAUCGUAUGUUGUCUGCAGGCUGUCUCCUGCCCUGUGCUAGCACAAUAGUAGGAGCAUUCCCUUUGCUAGAUACAAAAUGUUCCCUUAUAGGUAUGUCUGGUAGAGCAGUCUAGAAAAUUUCAACUGCAUCAGACCCAUAGUUCUUUCCCCUUUCGCUAAUCAGGUAUGAGCUGCUGAGUAUGAGCUCUUGAGCAGUAACAGCAUUGCUUGAGGGGAGCCCAGUGGGUCCCACUGUGGGGCUUAUUAGCUCCACACUCAGGAGCCUCACCAACCCCUCUGCAUUUGGUGACUCUCCCAGCAGUUUCUCCACAAAGUGCCUUCUUUGCCCUCUAAGGUUUGUAAACGGCUCCACCCCAGCCCCCAGAACACCUCUCCUGUUCAGGAGCUCUUUAGGAAGAUGCUGUCGGUGAGAACAGCUUUCCCACUCGCAACCAGUCCUGUAGUGCUUUGCAGCACCCUGGCCACAGGCAAACAGCAACAGGCAAGUGUAGUGAUCACCCAUGCUGAAGAAUGAGCCGCUAAUGCUUUGUUAUACUGAAUGAACAUUAAAAGACAGCAGCAAAACGGACAAGCUUCCACAAGCUUCUUAACUGAACCCUGUAGGUUGGAGCCACAUAUGACUACUAGAUGUUAGACUACUGAAGCUUUUUUUUUUUUUUUUGGUAAACGGGUAAGUUUUGUAGGCAUAGAUGCUCAGCUGCAGCUUUUCCCUUCAGCUCUGAGACCAGCCAAGCAGCGGGUGAUAGCCAGAACAGGAACUAAUGCUGGAGUUAGAGGGCUUUUAAUUUUUUUUUUGCAACAUUUUUUCUUUAUAAAUGAACUCACUCACAAGCUAAUCAUUUCAAAUAAACUUUUGAAUAAGAAAACCUUGUAGCAACUCUGGCAGGGCCACACAUGCAAUCAUUUUGCACCUAUCCCAUGUUUUUUAAAAAAAAAAAUUUGGAGAGAAUAAAACCAAUAAAGUACACUCCCUACAGAGAGCUUCUUCCACUCA